CGGAAACUCGGGGUCGGUGUGAGUGUCUGUAGUCUGUGUAGUUGCUGUAUAAAUUCUAACCUAACAUUGAAAGCAAAAGUUUCCAGAGAAAACUGAAAAUCGAAAAAGGGGUUUUUCUAUUUUUAGCUGGUGCAACUUUUUAAGCAAUGCCGAUUUUUCUAAAGUCAUAGAAUUAUCACGCUUUGGCCAUGUGCGGCGCGGCUUGAAAACUGAAAUUUGGGUGAAUUGGGUUUUUACAUUUUCUAUCUAGUUACAGUGCUAAGAUGGAUACAAGCAAAAAAUUUAAUAAUCCCAGUCCCGAAAUUAAGGCCAAUUUCUGCAACAGAUUAUUCUUUUGUUGGGUUCUUCCAUUCUUCAAAACUGGCUACAACAAAGAUCUAGAAGUAAAAGAUAUUUACAACAGUACAACACCGGAUCUAUCUGGUCCUUUGGGAGAUGCUUUGGAAAGGAACUGGGAUGAGGAAGUCAGAAGGUGUCGACAAUCGAAAAAGAAAAAAGGCGAAAAACCCAGGCUGAAAAAAGCCAUAUUCAAAACGUUUGCCAAGUCCUACUUCUAUUUUGGAGCUUUCGUUUUUAUACAGAGCGUAGUUAUAAGAAUGUUAAUACCAAUAUUCCUAGCCUAUUAUAUUAAAUUCUACGAUGAUCCCAAGGAAAGUUUUAAGCAUAUCGAAAGAGGAUGGUUACUUGGAGGCGCUGUAGUAGGUUUAACAUUGCUUAAAGUAAUUUUAGAGCAUUACUGUAACAUGGGAUUGCAAAGAAUAGGCAUGAGGGUUCGUGUGUCCGCUUGCUCUUUGAUCUAUAGAAAGCUUCUCAAAUUGAACCAAGCCUCUCUAGGCAAAACAGCUGCUGGUCAGCUAGUGAAUUUACUCUCAAACGACGUAAUCCGUUUUGACAUGAUUUCUUGGUUCCUUCAUUACUUUUGGAUCACUCCUAUACUAUUUGUGAUAUCUUUGGGUAUUAUGUAUAGUUAUAUUGGAUUAGCGGCUCUUCCAUCUAUGGGUGCUAUUACUAUACAAGCUGUUCUAGCACAAGGUUAUUUAUCAAAAAUGCAAGGCAGAUUAAGAGCAAGGAUAGCUCAGUUAACAGACAACAGGGUAAAAUUAAUGAGUGAAAUUACUUCAGGGAUUCAAGUAAUAAAAAUGUAUGCUUGGGAAAGGCCUUUUGAAAAAAUAGUCGAAACCGCAAGAAAACUAGAAAUCGAUAUUGUACAAAAAACUUCAUACAUCAAAGGGUUUUCGUUGGCUCUGAUGCUUUUCACUGAAAGGGCCACCCUUUAUAUUGCUGUGAUAACUUGGGUUUUAAUGGGAAAUGAAAUCAGAGGUGAUGUUGUUUUUUCAAUGGCUCAACUUCUAAACACUGUCCAACUUUAUAUGGCCAUUUUUUUUCCUUUGGCCUUGGCCACUUACGAGGAAUGCAAGGUAUCAAUGAGAAGAAUAGAAGAAUUUUUAGCUUUAGAGGAAAACGUCGAUCCUCCUAGUUUAGAAGAUGAAGCUGAAAAUGCAGGACUAGUAAAACUGACAAACGUUACAGCUAGUUGGCUACCAAAUCCUAUUGUAGAGACACUUUUCAAAAUUAAUGUAGAAUUAAAACCUGGCACUUUGUGUUGUGUGGUUGGCCCUGUUGGUUCUGGAAAAACAUCCUUGUUACAGGUUCUAUUAAAAGAGCUUCCUUUAACCAGUGGCAGUCUUAAAAUAGUUGGAAGCGUAUCUUAUGCUUCCCAAGAACCUUGGCUGUUUGUAUCCAGCGUUAGGCAAAAUAUUCUAUUUGGAGUUCCUUAUGUGAAAGAAAGGUACAAAUUUGCAAUACAAGCAUGUGCACUUAAACGUGACUUUGAACAAUUGCCAUAUGGUGAUCGCACACAUGUAGGCGAAAGAGGAGCUGCCUUGAGUGGAGGCCAAAGAGCUAGAGUAGCUCUUGCUCGAGCUGUUUACAGAGAUGCCGAUGUUUAUUUAAUGGAUGAUCCAUUAAGUGCAGUAGAUGCCCACGUGGCCAAACAUUUAUUUGAAGGUUGCAUUCAGGGCUACUUAAGGGGCAAAACCAGGGUACUUGUCACACAUCAGGUGCAAUUUUUAAAAGGGGCUGAUCUCAUUAUUGUCAUGAAUAACGGUAACAUUGAACAGAUGGGGUCCUAUGAAGAGCUUUCAGAAGAAUUAUCAACACUUUCCAGGGAAAUUGAACAACAGCACAUGAUACAGGCUGCAGAACAGAAAUUGGAUAGGGAACAGACACCCAAAGUAGAAGACAGGGAUAGAGGAUUGUCAUUGGCUUUACAGUCAAUUGCUUCAUUAGCCAGCUGGGAUGAACCAGAAGAAACUGAUGAAUUAUUAGAAAGAGGUGCCUUAAAAACGUCGACCUACGUGGAAUACUACAAUUCAGGAACUUCCAUUUUGAUUUUAAUAUUUUUAGUAGUCCUAUUUUUAAUCGCUCAGGCCUCUUGUAAUGCUGCUGACAUGUGGAUUACUUAUUGGACCAAUCAAGAAGAGCUUAAACCUCAAAAACUUCCAAACGAUAUUAUCUCAAAUAAUAUCACUGACGCCCUUUCAUCCAACCUCACUUCAACAAUAUCAUUUAUAGAAAACACCACACAAUCGAUCUAUAAUAACUCUUUAGAAUUUAUCCCUGACGAAUCUUCUGGCUUAGACACAUAUAGCUACAUUUAUAUUUACACUGGCCUAAUCUUAAUAUCCAUUAUACUGACUACAGCCAGAUCCACAUUAUUUAUGAACGUUUGUAUGUGUGCUUCAAAAGCCCUUCACAAUAAAAUGUUCAACUGUAUCCUGAAAGCUCCAAUGAAAUUUUUCGAUACAAACCCUUCUGGAAGGAUUUUGAAUCGCUUUUCAAAAGAUAUGGGGGCUGUGGACGAAGCAUUGCCAAAAGUUGUUCUGGAAACUUUGCAGAUAUUCUUUAUCAUGGUUGGCAUACUGGGAAUGGUUUUUAUAAAAAGUCCAUGGAUGAUUAUACCAGCAGUAAUAUUGGGUGUCAUUUUCUGGUACGCUAGGGUAGUAUAUUUGAAGGCUGGCCAGGAUAUUAAAAGAUUGGAAGGAGCCACAAGAGCUCCAGUAUUUUCGCAUGUUUCUGCUAGUUUAUAUGGAAUGCCCAUAAUUCGAGCUUUCAAGGCGCAAAGUUUGAUUGUCGAAGAAUUUGACUCUUUACAAGAUCAACACACUGGUACUUGGUUCCUAUUUGGUGCCACUAGCGAAUCCCUAGGUUUCUACUUGGACGUCAUCAGUACAAUUUUCUUAGCUUUCACCACUUUCCAGUUUCUCUUAUUCGGCGAUGAAAAUUUAAAAGCCGGCGAUGUGGGUCUGGUUAUUUCGCAAACUUUAGCUUUGACUGGUUUGCUCCAGUACGGCGUUCGUCAGUCCGCUGAAGUUUCAUCUACAAUGACCAGUGUAGAGCGUGUUUUACAAUACACAAAAUUGGACUCUGAAGGACCUUGGGAACCUUUGCCCGGAGACAAACCUCAACUGGAUUGGCCUCAGAAAGGAAAAGUUUCGUUCGUACACGCGUUUUUGAGAUAUUCAAGUGACAGUCCUCCGUCCAUUAGGGAUUUGAAUGCCGAGUUUAAACCUGGAGAGAAAAUAGGUGUUGUUGGAAGAACAGGAGCUGGAAAAUCCUCAUUGGUUGCCACCCUAUUCCGUCUAGCAGAAGUUGAUGGUCUCGUAGCUAUUGAUGCUAUUGACACCGGCAAAGUUGGACUUAGAAUUCUUAGAUCUGCCAUCUCCAUUAUACCACAAGUGCCUAUUUUGUUUUCAGCAACGUUGAGAUAUAACUUGGAUCCAUUUGGUAAAUGUUCAGACGAACAACUGUGGAAAGCCUUAGAACGUGUUGAAUUAAAACAAAAUGGUGUCUCCCUAGACACUGCUGUAAGCGAAGGAGGUGGUAACUUCAGUGCAGGCCAACGUCAAUUGAUUUGUUUAGCUAGAGCUAUAGUGCGUAAUAAUAAAGUUUUGGUUAUGGACGAGGCUACUGCAAAUGUAGACAGACACACUGAUUCUUUAAUUCAAAAAACUAUUAGGGAAGCAUUUGAUAAGUGCACAGUUAUUACUAUAGCCCAUAGACUUAAUACAAUUAUGGAUUAUGAUAAGGUGUUGGUGAUGGAUGCUGGGAGAGCUGUGGAGUUUGCUCCUCCUCACGAGUUGUUGCAAAAUCCCUCCAGUUAUUUUGCGAAAAUGGUAGCUCAGACUGGAGCAGCAAUGGAGGAGAAUUUGAAAGCGAUUGCUAAGGAAGCGUAUGAAAAGAAUAAAGAUAGAUUUGCCUCAGAGUUAAUUAUCCAAAACGGUGAUGCAUCAGAAAAAAAGGAUCAAUAGAAAUGGAACUAAACAAAGAAAAAUGUGAUCUUUAUUAUUAAGGCGAUUAGGUUUUAAGUGACCAAAAACAAAUUCUUAGUUAGGACUCGAAAUAAUAAAUUUUAAUUCCUAAUUUUACACACUUUAUAUCAUUAUGUAAUUUAUUAUCGCCCAUUAUCAAAUUAUAUUUCCAGUAUUGGUGCCAUAUUUUUGUUAGGUAUCUAGCGAUUUAUCCAAAGAUACACCAAAAAGCAGGCCUUUUUGAUGCUGUAAAUAUCGCUAGGUGUGCCACUUUUUCUACACAAUUAGUGGUCAGUACUUAAUUAUUAUAUUAGAUUUAAGCUUAUAUAUAGUAUUUUUAAUAAUUAUGUAACUUUUUAGAAAUAUUUUUAAGUACAAAAACACUUAUAUUUUUUAUUAAAUUAUGUUGAUUAUGCAGAUUUAAUUUGUGAAUAAGUUAUUUCUAAUUACUAUAAAUAUUUAGCAAUAUUUUUAUUGCAGUUACAGUACAUAGUAUUAGAAAUCAGUUUUAUUUUUAACUUAUUGAUAUUUAUGUAAGAUAAUAUGUAAUUGUAUUUUAAAAUUUGUGAAAAAUUAAGCAUAAAGGAAAAUAAUAAAAAUAUUUUUUUCAAAUUAAAAUGUUGAGCUGUAAUAAGAGUCUGGAAUUAUUUUUUUAAGGGAGUGAACCCUACGCCUACUGGUAGGUUCUUUGUCAUCCAACGAUCGUACGCCUACCAGUAGGCCCUUUUUCAUCCACCGAUUGUACACCUACGGUAGGUUCCUUUUUCAUCAAUUGAUCAAGCGCCUACUGAAAGGUGUUUUAUUACUUUAGAAUCCAUAUAUCCCACCAGUCAGCUCUUGCUAAUGCUAAAUGGGUUAAUAAAAUUUUGUUUAUUUGUAGAAUCGUCAUUAAGAAAUUUGUCCACUGACAAAUAAGCCUUUAUUAGUACCAAACAUCUUUCUAAUUUGGGCUUUAAGCUUGUUGAUGUUUGGAAUCUGCUUCAUUUUACAAGACAACCUAUUGAAAAUCGUUCUGCAUACACCAUGAAAUUAUUUUUGACUCUCCGAUUGCUCGAAGAAUCUCAAAGAGAAUACCCUGCUGCUCGGAAACGUAAAUCCACCAAAAAAGUGAAAAACCUUUAUUAAAUAGGUAUAUCACCUUGAAAUUGAAAUUAUUUUUGAGUCUCUUGAUUGCUCGCUCCGCUCGCCAAACUUCAAAGAGAAAAUUCUCGGGAGCGUAUAUCCACCAGGAAUGUGCAAAACCUUUUUCAAAUAUAUCACCUUCUUCACUCUCCACCUUCUUGUGAAUGCAGGUAUGGUUAGGUAAGGUAGGUAUCAAUAAAAAGUAGGUAGGUGAUGGAUUCUUAAAUUAGUAUGAACCUACCGGUAGGCUCAGCGGCGAGACUCCGUCUCAUGUAGAAUUCGACAUAUCGAAAAAUAUUGAAUGCCUCACUGCCUAGAUACCUGUCGAUAUGUAAAAUUCUACAUGACACAGAGUCCCUGUGCAGGAUUCUUUUUAUAAACAGUACCUACUGAUAGGUGUUAUAUCAUGUGGCAAUUUGAGACCUACCAUAAUGUUUCAGUGAAGGUUAUACAUAUACAUUCAAUGAAACAAACAGGACCUACCGGUAGGCGCAGAGUUCACUCCCUUAUUUUUUAACAAGAAUUUUAUUUCUUAAAUAAAGAAGUACAUAAUUAUAAACAAAAAAGUUAUCAGACACUAUCUUAGAUAUAUUAACAGUGAAUUUGUUGAGACUUAAAUUUAUUCAGCAGCUUUUACUAAAGCUUCUGAAACUUCAAUGGCGAUUUCUGCUUCAGCUUUAGC